ACACCACACUUCACACGAAAAGCUUUUCUUCUUCACUCUCUCUCGGAGAUGAAACUUUGAGAAAGCCCUAAAACACACCGCGAAGAAGAUGGAUCGUAAGGGAAAGGGAAAACAGAUCGCCGGAGCUGGAUCUUCUUCCGGAAAGAAACGAAAAGGAGGAGGAGUCGAGUUUAGAGACGAAGGCUUGAGGAUUAAUAGUAAGCGGAAAAAACCAGGGGUUCUUCAGUUCUUCGAGGAAUCAGCAGAGGUUGGUUACUACGGAGAAAGCUCCGACGAAGACAUCGAUGACUUCCUUAACGAUAUUGGAGAUGAACCUGAGCUGGAGACAAGUGGAAAGGAUGACAAAGAAGGAAAGGGCAACUCUUCCUUUGUUUUUCCUAAGGAAGAGGAGAUGAACGAGGAUGAUUACGAUAGAAUGAUGGAAGAAAGAUACAAGCCUGGUUCUGGCUUUGUUAGAUAUGCAGCUGAUGAUGUUAAAAGUUCCAUCGAAAUGGAUGCCCUUGUUCCAACUGCCCAUGAUCCUCCAAUAUGGAAAAUAAAGUGUGCGAUUGGAAGGGAGAAGCAUUCAGUUUUCUGUCUCAUGCACAAGUUUGUUGAGCUGCGGAAGAUAGGCACCAAACUAAGGAUCUUGUCUGUGUUUUUUGUGGAGCAUGUCAAGGGGUUUAUCUUCAUAGAAGCUGACAAGGAACAAGAUGUUCUUGAGGCAUGCUUGAACUUAAACGGCAUCUAUGCCACUCGGAUGAUACUAUUUCCUAAAUCUGAAGCUCCUCAUCUACUUACUGUACAAAGAAAAACGAAAACCUUUUCGGAGGGAACAUGGGCUCGUAUUAAGAGUGGUAAAUACAAAGGAGAUCUUGCUCAGGUUGUGGCUGUGAGUGACACACGGGGAAAAGCUCUGAUAAAGUUGAUUCCAAGGAUUGAUAUGGCAGCACUGGCCCAAAAAUAUGGUGGAGGAGUUGCUGUCCAGAAAGGCUUGAACCCAGCUCCAAGAUUGAUCAGUCCAAGCGAGCUUGAGGAGUUCAGGCCUAUCAUUCAAGUGAGGCGUGAUCGUGAUACUGGAAUGACUUUUGAGCAUCUUGAUAGCCUGAUUCUGAAAGAUGGCUUCGUGUAUAAAAAAGUAUCCCUGGAUUCACUAACUUCCUGUGGGGUUAAACCAUCAAAGGAGGAGAUAUUAAAAUUUACUCCUCUGGAAAAGAAAGACACUGGUGACGUGGAGUGGAUUUCCGAAAUUUAUGGUGAAGAAAAGGAGAAGAAAAGUCUUCCCACUGGCAAAGAGCGUGAGAAAGGAGAAGGAUCAGGGGGUGGAAAAGGAGAAGGAUCAGGGGGUGGAAAAGGAGAAGGAUCAGGGGGUGGAAAAGGAGAAAGAUCAUCAGAAUCUCAGUCAGAAAGUAGCUAUGCGUUAUAUAAACUAGUUUGUUUUAGCCGGAAAGAUUUCGGUCUGAUUGUGGGAGUGGAUGACAAAGGCGACGGUUACAAGGUUCUGAAAGAAGGUUCUGAUGGACCCGUUGUAGUCAGUGUUGGAAAAAAGGAAAUGCAGGAGGAACCAUUUGAUUCAAAAUUUUCUGCCCUGGAUCUGAAUAAAAAACAAGUUUCAAUUAAUGAUGUUGUGAAGAUUUCCAAAGGCCCAUCUGAGGGUAAACAAGGAGUUGUAAGGCAAGUAUACAGAGGCAUCAUAUUUCUCUAUGCUGAGGGCGAGGAAGAAAAUGGUGGAUAUUUGUGUUGCAAAUCACAAUCGUGUGAGAAAGUUAAACUUUUUACUGAAGAAUCCAAUGACAUGACUGGUGGAUUUGACGCUUCUGCUUUUGGAGAUUCUACAUCCUCUCCUAAAUCGCCAUUAUCUCCUGAAAAAGAAUGGCAGCCCAAGGAGAAAUACAUUAACUCCAACCAGGGAGACAAAGGUAGCAUGUAUUCUAUUGGCCAAAAGCUGAGGAUACGUGUAGGUCCACUGAAGGGAUAUCUCUGCCGUGUAAUAGCGUUGCGUUAUUCUGACAUCACAGUCAAGCUUGAUUCCCAGCAUAAAACUUUCACAGUCAAAAGUGAGCAUCUUGCUGAGGUUCGUGACAGAAAUACUGAGGCAAAUACGAGUGGCGAUGCUGGGAUGGGUUCCUUUCAACAGUUUGACAUGCUUGGAACAGAAGGCAACAAUGGAGAUUGGGCAAAAGGAGCAGGCACGUCAGAAGAUAACACUUCAACUUGGGGCAAUACAGCAGCGGCUGAGAACAAACCUGACUCUGCUGGUGAUCAAUCCGGUGGUUGGAAUUCCUGGGGUAAACCACCUGCUUCUGAAGCUAGCACUGUUGGUGUUUGGGGAGAUGCAAGUGCUCCGAAAGGUGAAGCUUCUUGGGGAAAACAAGGAGCUUCAACUUCCAAUGUUGAAGAUUUAGGUUCUUGGGGUAAGCAUGGUGGAAGCUCUGAUGGUAAUAACAAAGAUGAUGACUCAAUAUGGGGUAAACUAGUUGAAGAAUCGAGCCAGAAGAAAGAAGAAUCUUCAUGGGGAAAGAAAAGUGGAUCUGAUUCUGAUUUGGUAAAAGGAAAUGGAGAAUCUACCUGGGGCAAGAAAGAUGGAAAUUCCAGCGCAAGUAACAAAGAGGGAGUUUCCUGGGGGCAUCAGGAUAAAGGCUCUGACGGGAACCAGGGAGGAUCUGUGUGGGGUAAGGAUGAUGGAGGAUCGUCAUGGGGUAAGAAGAAUGACAGUAUUAAAGAUGACGGAGGGUCUUCUUGGGGUAAGAAGGACGAUGGAGGCUCAACAGGCCCAACGUGGGGUAAAAAGGUUGAUAACGUUGUCAAGGAUGAUGUAGAAUCUUCUUGGGGCAAAAAGGUUGAAGCUAAUGAGGACGAUGGAGGAUCUUCGUGGGGUAAAAAAGUUGACUGUGAUAAGGAUGAUGGAGGAGCUUGGGGCAAAAAGGAUGAACUUGGAGCGUCUUGGGGCAAAAAGGAUGAUGAUGGAGCGUCUUGGGUCAAAAAGGAUGACGGUAAUAAGGAUGCAGGAUCGUCUUGGGGUAAAAAGGUUGAGAGUGGAUCUUCUUGGGCCAAAAAAGACGAUGGGGGAUCUACGUGGGGUAAAAAAGAUGAUGGAGGGUACUCAGAACAAACAUUUGAUCGGGGAGGACGUGGGUUUGGUGGUAGAAGAGGUGGAGGUCGUCGAGGUGGUAGGGAUCAGUUUGGGAGGGGAAGAUCAUUUGGUCAUUCGGAGGAUAACGCUCCAUGGAGUAAACCAGGUGGUGGAUCUACCUGGGCCAAGCAAGACGGCGGUGGAGGCGGUUCUAGCUGGGGUAAAGAUAAUGAUGCUGGUAGUGGAUCUAGCUGGAGCAAGCAGAAUAAUGCUGGUGGUGGCGGUGGUUCAAGUUGGAGUAAAGAUAGUGAUUCUGGUGGUGGAUCUAGCUGGGGGAAGAAGAAUGAUUCUGGUCGUGCCGGCGGUUCAAGCUGGGGUCAAGACAAUAAUGCUGGUGGUGGAUCCAGCUGGGGAAAGCAAGCCAGUGAUGGGGGAGGCUCUAGCUGGGGGAAGAAAAAUGAUUCUGGUGGUGCCGGCGGUUCAAGCUGGGGUCAAGAGAAUAAUGCUGGUGGUGGGUCCAGCUGGGGAAAGCAAGCCAGUGAUGGGGGAGGCUCUAGCUGGGGGAAGAAAAAUGAUUCUGGUGGUGCCGGCGGAUCAAGCUGGGGUCAAGAGAAUAAUGCCGGUGGUGGAUCCAGCUGGGGAAAGCAAGGAAGUGAUGGCGGAGGCUCUAGCUGGGGGAAGAAAAAUGAUGCUGGUGUUGGCGGAGGUUCAAGCUGGGGUCAAGACAGUAAUGCUGGUGGUGGAUCUAGCUGGGGGAAGAAAAAUGAUGCUGGUGGAGGAUCUAACUGGGGUCAACAGGAUGGUGGUGGUUCUGCUUGGAGUAAGCAGAGCAACGAUGGUGGUGGGGGGACAAGCUGGUCCAAACAAGGUGAUGGCGGUUCUAAACCGUGGGGAGAACAGAGUGGUGGUCGUGGUGGGUUUGGUGGAAGAAGAGGAGGGGGAUUCCGAGGAGGUUUCCGCGGAGGUAGAAACCAAUCAGGUAGAGAUGGAGGACGCUCGUUUGAAUCAUCUGGCUGGAAGAGAGACAAUCAAGAAAACACUGCUUGGAAGAGCAACCAAAGUGGUGGAUCAGACUGGAAAAAAACUUGGGGAGAGGAUUCAAACAGUGCAAAGCCAUCUGAUUCACCAUCAGCUGGUGGCAACUGGGGUAGCUGGGAUACUAAUUCCAAGAAAGAAACCAGUGCUGGUGGAAGCUGGGGUGCCAACUCCAAGGAGGAAACCAAUUCUGGUGGAAGCUGGGGUGCUAACUCAAAGAAGGAAACCAAUGCUGGUGGAAGCUGGGGUGCUAACUCCAAGGAGGAAACCAAUGCUGGUGGAAGCUGGGGUGCUAACUCAAAGAAGGAAACCAUUGCUGGUGAUGGUGACAAACCAAGCGAUGAAAACAAAGCAGCAGCUUGGGGAACCGCUAAAGAACAGGAAAAUACAGGAAACAACAAUGACGGUUGGGGAAAAAAGUCAAGUGAUGAUGUUAAAACGAGUGGAGAAGCUGAUAAUGCAUGGGGAGGCAAAACAGACGCAGGAACGUCGUCAUCAAGUGGCUCGGCGUGGGGAACCGGAGACAAAAAAUCCGGAUGGUAAUAAAAAAGACCUGAAGUGACUUGUAAGUAGGUCUCACUAUCUCUCUAUCUAGGCUAAGUAAGCCCAAGUUUAUUUGAAACGUUACUAAGUGUUUUUCUACUUUUAGUCUUUUGUGGGCUUUUUCUUGUCUAUGGUAAUGACCCUCAUGGUUUGAAAACUCUUAGGUUUGUUUAUGGCUCAUGAUUUUGUAGCUCUUUUGACUUUUGACAUUGGAGUUUCAUUUUCAUGUCCUUUAUCUACUAUGAAUGUUUACUACUACUUCUGAUUAUUCUGACGCACUACCGCUGUGGAUUUAUUCUAAGUUUCACACUUAUACUCGAAUGUUUU